GUGACAACGGUGACAACAGUGACAACGGUGAGAACAGUGACAACAGGGACAACCGUGACAUUAGGGACAACGGUGACAACGGUGACAACAGUGACAAAGGUGACAACAGUGAGAACAGUGACAACGGUGACAACAGUGACAACGGUGACAAUGGUGACAACAGUGACAACGGUGACAACAGUGACAACGGUGACAACAGUGACAACGGUGACAACAGUGACAACGGUGACAACGGUGACAACAGUGACAACAGUGACAACAGUGACAACAGUGACAACGACGACCAAGGCGACAACAGUGACAACGGUGACAACAGUGACAACGGUGACAACCGUGACAACGGUGACAACGGUGACAAGAGUGACAACGGUGACAACGGUGACAACAGUGACAACGGUGACAACAGUGAAAACGGUGACAAAAUGACAAUGAUGACAAAAAGGUGACAAAAAGUGACAACAGUGACAACAGUGACAAAAGUGACAACAGUGACAACAGUGACCGCGGUGACAACGUUGACAAUGGUGACAACAGUGACAAUGAUGACAACAGUGUGACAACAGUGACAACGGUGACAGCGGUGACAACAGUGACAACAGUGUCAAUGGUGACAAAAGUGACAACAGUGACAACAGUCACAACGGUGACAACAGCCACAACAGUGACAAUCGUGACAACAGUGACAACAGUCACAACAGUGACAACGGUGACAACAGUGACAACAACAGUGACAACGGUGACAAUAAUGACAACAGUGACAACGGUGACAAUGACAACACAACAGACUACGGUGACAACAGUGACAAUGGUGACAACGGUGACAACAGUGACAAGAGUGACAAUGGAAACAAAAGUGACAACAAUGACAACAGGUGAAAUGGUGACAAAAAGACAACAGUGACAAUGUGACAACAGUGACAACGGUGACAACAGUGACAACAGUGACAACAGUGUCAAUGGUGACAAAAGUGACAACAGUGACAACAGUGACAAGAGCAUCAAGGGUGACAACAGCGACAACAGUGACAACAGUGACAAUCGUGACAACAGUGACAACAGUCACAACAGUGACAACGGUGACAACAGUGACAACCGUGACAGCAGUGACAACAGUGACACCAGUGACAGCAAUGACAGCAGUGACAACGGUGACAACAGUGACAAUGGUGACAAUGGUGACAACAGGUGACAACGGUGACAACGGUGACAAAAGUGACAACAGUGACAAUGGUGACAAACCAUGUGACAACAGUGACAACAGUGACAACAGUGACAACAGUGACAACAGUGACAACAGGUGACAACAGUGACAAUGGUGACAACAGUGACAACAGUGACAACGGUGACAACAGUGACAACGGUGACAACAGUGACAAACAGUGACAACGGUGACAACAGGUGACAACGGUGACAACGGUGACAACAGUGACAACAGUGACAACGGUGACAACGGUGACAAAUAAUGACAACGGUGACAAAAGUGACAACAGUGACAACAGUGACAACAGGUGACAACGAUGACAAUGGUGACAACAGACAACAGUGACAACGGUGACAACGGUGACAACGUUGACAACAAUGACAAUGGUGACAACAGUGACAACAGUGACAACGGUGACAACGGUGACAAAAGUGACAACAGUGACAAUAGUGACAACAGUGAAAACGGUGAAAACAGUGACAAAAGUGACAACAGUGACAACAGUGAAAACGGUGAAAAAUGAAAAUGUGACAAAAGUGACAACGGUGACAAAAGUGACAACAGUGACAACGGUGAACAGUGACAACUGUGACAACAUUGACAACGGUGACAACAGUGACAAUGGUGACAACAGUGACAACAGGUGACAACAGUGACAACAGUGACAAUGGGGACAACAGGUGACAACAGUGACAAAUAAUGACAACGGUGACAACAGUGACAACAGUGACAAAAGUGACAACAGUGACAACAGUGACAACGAUGACAAUGGUGACAAAGUGACAACAGUGAAAACAGUGACAACGGUGACAAAAGUGACAACAGUGACAACAGUGACAAAAGUGACAAACAGUGACAACAGUGACAAAUGGUGACAACGGUGACAACUGUGACAAAAGACAACGGUGAAAACAGUGACAACGGUGACAACGGUGACAACGGUGACAACAAUGACAACGGUGACAGGAUGAAAACAGUGACAACAGUGACAACAGUGACAACGGUGAGAACAGUGACAACAGUGACAACCGUGACAAUGGUGACAACAGUGACAACGGUGACAAAAGUGACAACGGUGACAACAGUGACAACAGUGACAAUGUUGGACAACAGUGACAACAGUGACAACGGUGACAACAGUGACACAGGUGACAACGGUGACAAAAGUGACAACGGUGACAACAGUGACAAUAGUGACAACAUUGACAAUAGUGAGAACAGUGACAACAGUGACAACAGUGAGAACGUGACAACAGCGACAAAUGACAACGGUGACAACGGUGACAACAAUGACAACGGUGACACCAAUGACAACAAUCACAGCGGCGACAAUGGUGACAACAGUGACAACAGGGACAACAGAAACAACAGUGAGAACCGUCACAACAGUGACAACGGUGACAACAGUGACAAUGGUGACAACAGUGACAACGGUGACAACGGUGAAAACAGUGACAACGGUGACAACAGUGACAACAGUGACAACAGUGACAACAGUGACAACGGUGACAACGGUGACAACAGUGACAACGGUGACAACAGUGACAACAGUGACAAUGGUGACAAAAGUGACAACAGUGACAAGGGUGACAACAGUGACAACAGUGACAACCGUGACAACGGUGACAACAGUGACAACGGUGACAACGGUGACAACGAUGACAACAGGAACAGUGACAACAGUGACAACAGUGACAACAGUGACAACAGUGACAAC